AUGCUUCGGCUAUACUUCCUCUCCCUCCUAAGCCUGCUGCUGCAUGCAGUAGGCACCCGCAGCGCCGCUGUGCAACAUGUGUCGAGACAAGAAUGCCAGUCUAAAGGCACCCACUGUCCUUCCGGAACAAUCAUCGUCAGUGCCUCUGACAAGCGCGCCAACUACCCCACCAUCCAAGGCGCCAUCGACUCUCUGCCUGAUGAUACAAGCUCCCACACAAUUCUCAUUCUAGCAGGCAACUAUACAGAGCAGCUCAAUGUCACCCGCUCAGGGCCAGUUACUCUUCUUGGCCAAACGGCCGCUUCCAAAGAUGCAACCCGCAACCGUGUGCGCAUCAUCUGGGCUGCUGCCAACAAGGACAACACAGGCCAAAGCGUGGACAAUGUCUACUCCAGCGUCCUUGUUGUAGCACCCACUCUGGAAUCAAGCCUGACUGGCUCCGGUACCACAGGCUAUGCAGUGCCUGCUGAUACGCCCUUCGGCAAUACCGACUUCCGCGCCUACAAUAUCGACUUCGACAAUAUCUGGGCCGAUUACUCAGAUGGGCCGGCUCACGCACUGAGUUUCUCACGCGCUAACGGUGGCUUUUACUACUGUGGAUUUUAUUCCUAUCAGGACACUGUCUACGUAGGCAAACUCGGCAAUGCCUACUUCUACAAAAGCAUCAUCGCAGGCCAAACAGACUUCCUGUAUGGUUUCGGUACCGCCUGGAUUCAGUCUAGCGAUGUCCAACUCCGUGGCUGCGGCGGCGGGAUAACUGCCUGGAAGGGUACGAACACGACCUUCACGAACAAAUACGGCGUGUACAUCGUGGAUUCGAAUGUGCACGCGGCAAACGCCUCCGUCGCUCCGGAUAUCAAGGGCAAGUGUGCGCUUGGCAGGCCGUGGAAUAGCCAGCACCGGUCUAUCUUUGCGCGCUCUUACGAGGAUGGCAGUAUUGAGCCGAGUGGAUACAUUGAUUGGGUUGUUUCUGGUGUUGCAAGAUUCGAGGAAGGAGUUACUCUCAUGGCGGAGUAUCAGGCGUAUGGACCUGGAUUUAAUGCUACUGGGCGUGCUGAAGGCGGUGUUACUACUGUUCUCAAGAAGAAGGCGUAUGAGGCGUAUAGUACACCGCAGAAGGUUUUCCAAAACCAGGAGGGUGUCUUUGGGGACACGAAAUGGAUUGAUUGGGAUACUGUCAAGGCUGGGAAUUGA